AUGCUCCGCAACGCCGUGGCGACGCUGGUCCGACGCUGCCCGCAGCUCGUCCAGCCGCAGCGAUUGCGAACGCACAUUACGACAGCAGCGACGAGUCUUGUGCCUAAGCUCCAGGUCAAACCGCAGCGAAAAGCGUGGGCCACAACGGUGCUCGCACUCGAGCGCUACAAGGAGCUCCAUGGCCACCUGCAAGUGCCCCAGUCCUUCAAGGUCGAACCGUCCAUGCGCGCCACGUGGCCUGAAGAGACAUGGGAUUUAGCGCUCGGUCGCGUUGUGAACAACCUCCGUACGCAAUGGAGGCGCAACGUGCUCUCGUCGACUCAAAAGCACGACCUCGAACGUCUAGCGUUUCCGUUCACGGGACGCACGAUUAUUGCGUGGUCAACCAAGCUCCUCGCACUCAAGACAUUUCGUGCACUUGAAGGCCACGUGAACGUCCCGAUUGCGUUCAUUGUGCCCAGCGACGAUGUCUGGCCACCGGUCUUGCACAGAAUGAAGCUCGGAAAGGUUGUCAACGCGAUCCGCAACCAGGUCGAGUCGCUGCCAGCGCAUGAGAAGAACCAACUUGACGCGCUGGGUUUUGUUUGGUCGUCGUGGGAGCGAUCGUGGGACGCGAAACUACUCGCUCUCGAGACGUACCACCGCCGGUUCAACGAAUUGCACGUCCCGCGCGACUUUGUCGUGCCAAAAGGGGAUGCGUCGUGGCCCGAGGAGACAUGGGGUAUCAGACUCGGACUCGCCGUCAACAAUAUCCGCGGCCGCCCCGAGCGCCUCACCCUCGGUCAGCUCGACGCACUGGCGUCACUCGGGUUUCCGUGGGAUGCCACCGAGAUCUCGUUCGCAGUCCGCGUGCGCGGCUGGAAGAUUUACGAAAGCCUACACGACACCAACGUUGUGCCCGAUGACUUUGUUGUACCUCCGAACGAUCCAGCGUGGCCCGUGAACCUCCAAGGUGUAGCCCUCGGCAAGCUCAUUCAAGCCAUGCGACACAAGCCUGAGAGGCUCACCGUCGACGAGCUCCUCGAGCUGCAUGAGCUCGGCUACUUGAUGAAGACAUAG